AUGUGCGAUUCCGCCAUUGAUACAUGGGUGGAAAACGUCACAAAACCUGCCAUCUUGUCACAUACAUGGGAAGCGGACGAACCCAAUUACGAAGACUUCCGCCAGAAGUGCGGUGGUGAUUAUGGGGCCGAAUCCGCUUGGCCAGAUACAGUGUGUAUUGACAAGUUCAGUAGUGCAGAACUGGACCAAUCGAUCCGUUCGUUGUUCGCAUGGUAUCGCAAUGCGUAUAUUUGCAUUGUUUAUGAGGGCCAAACGCAGUCACCGCUUGAUUUCGCUGCCGAUCGCUGGUUCACGCGGGCGUGGACCUUGCAGGAGCUCCUCCCGCCGUCGCGAUUAAAGUUCCAUAAUAAGGAUUGGUAUCCGCUUACCGACUUCCGGAACGACAAGAUAAUUAUCGAGGACGUCAGAAAACUCACAGAUUCACCACGAGAACUGGAGGACAAGUCAUAUUGCAUGAUGGGAAUAUUUGGAGCUAGCAUGAUGGUGGCAUGUAGGGAGGGUUCGGAACGUGCGUUCUUCAGGCUCUUCCAAGCGAUUCUGGAAGCAGGAUAUGCCCGCGACUGGUUUUUGUGA